GCUUACCUCUCUUGGCUCCGCCCUUCUCUCUCUCUCUCUCGCACCUCCUCCCACCCUUUUCCUUGGGCUGUGUCAAGUGGCGGCCACCAACGUGGAGAGCGGAAACUGCCUGUCCGCCUUCGAACGGGCGCCGCCGCCGCCGUCGCGUAAGACGAGAAGAAAAAAGUCAGCGCGCGGGCGGCGACGGUUGAGCGCUGUUCCCCCUCCCGGCCACCCGAAGGAGCAGGAGUGGCUGAGAGACCGAGCGGAGAUAAGGCGCACGUGAGGCUGCUGGGUGGUGCCGGGAUUUCACCUGUGGUCGCCACUCGCCCCUUCCCUCAGACCACCAGGGCGUUGGAGCAGCCCAACCGCCCGGCGCGAGGACGACGGGUCCAGUCAGUCGGCCACAACCGGUUUGAACCGGAGCUCGCGACGAAGGAGUUGUCGCCGCCGCCGCCAUGGCCGAGACUGAGGAGAGGAGCUUAGACGACUUCUUCGCCAAGCGAGACAAAAAGAAACGGAAAGAGAAAAGCAGCCGGGGAACCGCCGCUGCGACGGUUUCUCUGGCAGCCUCGUCCAACGCCGCUGCCGGAGGGGUGGGGGGAAGCCGGCAAACCGAAGGCGGUUCUGGGGCGGCUGCCGGCGCCAACACCGUCGCCGCUAAGGUGGCCAACAAGGAAGAGGAUGACUGGAAGGAGUUUGAGCAGGAAGAAGUUGACUAUAGUGGUCUCAGAGUUCAGUCCAUGCAAAUAAGUGAAAAAGAUGAUGAUGAAGGUGAAAAGAGAGAAGAACCAAGGGAUUACAGUGAAGAACCUGGUGGUGGUGUAGAUAAAUCGUCCGGCCCAUGGAAUAGGUCUGCUACUACGCAAAACCCUGUUGUUGAAACAGUUGAAAACCCAGAGCCUGUCCAAUCCAGUGGGGUAUAUAGGCCACCUGGUGCUAGAGAAACCAGGACACGGAAAGCACCACAAGGACCCCCAGAAAUCUAUAGCGAUACACAAUUUCCAUCAUUGCAAUCCACUGCCAAGCAUGUAGAUACCAGAAAGGAUAAAGAAAUGGAGAAGAGCUUUGAAGUAGUAAAACACAAAAAUAGAGGUAGGGAUGAGGUUUCAAAAACCCAGGCAACUAAACUUCAGCUAGACAACCAAUAUGCUGUGCUUGGGGAUCAGUAAAGCUGCACACACAUUACAAUUAAGGAAUGGUUAUUUGAUACCUUUCCAAUCUAAGGUAACUAAACUACAGCUAUUAUGAACAUGCCGUCUCAUUUCUACUGGAUCUACUGCAACAAGUGCAGAUUACUUUGACGUAAGUGAUUGGCUCUUCUGCACUGUGGAAGUAUGCUUAAUAUGGUACACCUGAUUUCUUCCUUGGAUGUAAGAGAUAUUAAUGUAAGUGGUCGAACAAGAGUCCCAGUAUUUUGAUUACUCUGCAAAACUGUCGGCAGCCCGUGGUUAUUUCAAAUCUUUUUAUGUUCAGAUACUGAGCCUUCGGUAAGGGUUGACUACCUCAGACUUGCUGCACUCAUUGUGGACACCAUGUGGAUCACAACUUCUGGAAAAGGUUACAACUCUUUAGUGGCCAUCUGAAACUCGAAACCAGCUCUACUGGAUUCCUCUCAGAAAUCCUGCAGAAGUCAGCCAUCUGGGUUCUGAUUUACUAUAAAAAAUUGAAGUGACCUUAAAUGAGCAACUUGUCCUGUGCCCCCACUUACGACAUCCUCUCAUAUGUAGCCAUAACUGACUAGAAGCCUCUAGUAUAUACCACUUUCAGAAAUAUGCAGUGUACUGUUGAGCUGUAGUUUGUUUACCUUAAUUUGAUUUAAGUUAUCAGAAAAUACACAACCAGAUAGAAAAAUGUAGGGAAAGUAGUCUGCAUAUAUUAACUUUUUCAACUAUGUAAACUCUUCUUCAUUUUAAAAAAUAUGCCUUUUCUGGCUUGAGAAAUUGCAGUAUAGUCAAGUAGCAGCAUGGAAUAUGCAGACUAUCCAUACUUUUUUGUUUGUUUUGUUUGUUUUGUUUUGUUUCCUUUGGAGUUCAAGGAAUAGGGAUUUCUGUAGGUUUGCAUUCAGUGGCCAGAAAUGUCUGUGCUCCCUUUGGAGUUUAUUUUGAAAAACAACAAAGAACGCAUGCCAUAUACUUAGCUUUAACUUUGUACUAUGGCAAGUUACAGCUGUUGAUCGCACACUGUUGUGUUCACAUAAUGGAAGUAACUACAUGUCAAGUGAAAAAUGUCCGUUGUCUUGGCUUCUUAAUGGUUGAAAUUUGGAAAUACUUUGGGAAUAAGAUGUUGCAUUUACAGCAUCUUUUCCUCUGCUACCCAAAGAUUUAGUGAUGACUUCAGUUAUAGGUCAGUCUUCUGACCAGCUAUGUCCAUUUAUUUGGAGAGAAGCUAGUAUAAUAGUACUUUGUGCUAAGAUUCGUGCUAUAUUGUACUGUGUGAUAUUGACAGUGGUUAGAACUCUAUUCAAAUCCUAAAGAUGCUCCUGCAUAAAGGAAAUUAAUCUUAUUUAAUUUUUCCUCACAUCUGAAAUUUGGUGUGACUGAUAUUGAUAUUGUCUCUUAAGAACUGAUUAUUGGCAAUGAUGUCAAAUAUUGGUUUAUUUAAAAAAAAAACCAACUGUUUUUCUUAUCUCAGUGCUUAGAAUGGCAUUGGCCUUAUCCCUGUAAAGAAUUGCUGUCCAAAUGGCUACUAAACAGUUGCAUUUUUAUAUAGGUCUAAGGUAACAAAGCCAGGCUUCUGGGUGCUCAGAUCACUGAACGUAAACCUACAGCUGACACCGUUGAACCAGAUAUAUUUCCUGAAAUGUAUUUGCCAACAAAACAUUAGCAGGAUAUUAAAGCUGAAGAACUAAGAUUAUGUGGAUUUGUAUGUCACUUAAUGGCAUAGUGGAAACAUAAAAUUUUAAAUUCCAGCUUUGACAUUUUAUGAGGUUGUUAUUACACAGAAAUCAAGUUUUAAUAUACUAUGAUAGGGUAGAUGAAGCUGUCCUUUGUAUCUUCACUUGAGUUCUCCGGCAUGGUUGGCAGAGCAAGAAAACAUUGUAACAUUAAUAAAUAUAAUAAAUGGAAAUGUACAUGAA